AUGUAUGGUUGUGAAUGUGCGUACAAAGACGACAGCGACAACAACAACAGUGACAACGACCACAGCUACAACUAUCACGGUGACAAGGAUCAUAGCAACAACAAACACGGCAACAACGACCCCAGUGACAAAGACAACGACCACAGCUACAACGACCACAGCUACAACGACCACAGUGACAACGACCACAGUGACAAAGACAAUGACCACAGCUACAACGACCACAGUGACAAAGACAACGACCACGGCGACAACGACCACAACAACAACCACGGCUUCAAUAACAACAAAGACAACGACCACAACGACAACGACUACGGCGACAAUAACCACGGCAACAACGACGAUUACGGCGAUGACAACGAUAACCAUUAUCAUUAUAAUAUCAAGAGGAACUCAGUAUCAAUUUUUUAA